CUCUCUCGGCAUCCCCAUCCCCCAUUCCGCGGUGUUCCCAACGCCGCUGCAAGCUCGAAAUCGCUGUAGUGAGAAGCUAGAGCGCCGACACCGUUUACAUUGCCAGUGCCAGCGAGUUUGAAGAUACCUGAACAAAAUAAGGAAUUUAGAGAGCCACAUUUGUCAAUCAGACAUUGAUUUGCAUAUCCACUCCCACCUCUUCCUCAUUUGCAUACAGCGAGAAUGGCGAGCGGGCACCCCACUGACAAAUACAGUUUCAUGUACCAACCAGACACGCACAAGAGUAAGAACAGAUUAUCCAGCAGUAUGAAUCCUGUCUACAGUCCUGUUCAGCCUGGAGCCCCCUACGGUAACCCCAAGAACAUGGCCUACACAGGCUACCCAGGAGGUUACCCCACUGCUGCUCCCACCUACACACCCAACCUCUACCAAACGGGUAGUCCAGGGUACCCACCGGGAUACACUACAGCGGGUACUCCAUAUAAAGUGCCCCCCACCCAGACGAACGGAGCCCCCCCGCCCUACUCCCCCUCCCCCAACCCCUACCAGACAGCCAUGUACCCCAUCAGAAGUGCCUACCCCCAGCAGAACCUGCAGAACCUGCAGAGCAUGCAGAACCUGCAGAACUUAUAUGCACAGGCAGCAGCGUAUUAUGGCCAGCCAGUGUAUGCGGCCCAGCCCUAUGCGUAUUACACCCAGCCUGUGUAUGCUGCUCAGCCUCAGCCACAUGUAAUCCACCACACCACAGUGGUUCAGCCAAACAGCAUGCCCUCAGCCCUCUACCCCGCCCCGGUCCAAGCCCCUAGAAACAACGGAAUGGCUGCCAUGGGGAUGGUUGCCGGGACCACCAUGGCUAUGAGUGCAGGAACCUUGUUGACUACGCCUCAGCACGCUCAGCUGGGUGCUCACCAACACGUCACCAUGCCACAGUACCGGCCCCAGGGCACACCUGGUUACAGCUAUGUCCCUCCCCACUGGUAGACACCGCCCCCGAGAGAUCUCUGUUUCUCUGUGUCUGUCUCUGUCGUUUCAGAUCUGGAGUCCAACGUAUGCAACUACUCCAGUCUUACACGGGCUUCUUAUGGUCACCAUGGCAACCUCACAUCUGUCUGCAACAACAAAACUAAAGAGCAACGGACACUUGCUGCAUUCUGUAGUGUUUUAUAAAAGCUGCUUUUUUAUUUUUUU